AUGGUGUCUCACAAAAUUCAGACUGAUCUAGUGCAUUGCUUUGCAGAGGAAGUUAUUGAAUCUAUUAUUCAAGAAGUUAAUCACGAUGUAUUUUGCUUGUUGGUGGAUGAGUCUGCAGAUGUUUCUACUAAGGAGCAAGUGGCAGUGGUUUUUCGCUUCGUUGAUAAAGAUGGGAUAGUAAAAGAAAGAUUUAUUGGUCUUAUUCAUGUUCAAGAUACAUCUUCUGCAACUCUGAAAUGUGCUGUUGAUUCAUUGUUUGCAAAGCGGGGGUUGAGUAUGAAAAAAUUAAGGGGACAAGGUUACGAUGGAGCAAGUAACAUGAAAGGUGAGUUUAAUGGGUUGAGAUCUUUGAUUUUAAGAGAAAAUAGUACUGCAUAUUAUGUAUACUGUUUUGCUCACCAGCUUCAAUUGGUCGUCGUGGCAGUUGCUAAAAAACAUUUUGAAGUUGGUGAUUUUUUUGAUAUGAUUUCGGUUUUGUUAAAUGUGGUUGGAGCAUCUUGUAAGAGGAAAGAUAUGGUUCGAGAAGACCAACGAAGGAUCAUCGAAGAAGGAAUUAGUCAAGGUGAAAUUAAGACAGGAAAGGGACUGAAUCAGGAGCUUUCAUUUCAAAGACCUGGUAAUACUCGAUGGGGUUCUCACUACAAUACCUUAGUACGAUUAGUUGAUUUAUUCCCUUCUAUUGUGAAAGUAUUGGAGUAUGUCCAGAGCGAAGGGAGUGAUGGUGUCAAAAGAAGGCAAGCUAAUGGUCUCAUCAAAUAUUUGCACACCUUUGAUUUUGUGUUUUACUUACAGUUGAUGUUACUUCUUCUCGGGAUCACAAAUACUCUAUCGGUGGCUCUGCAAAGGAAAGAUCAAGACAUUUUGAAUGCUAUGUCUCUGGUGAAAUCUACCAAGCAACAAUUGUACAAUCUCAGGGAUAAUGGAUGGGAUUCUUUGGUUGAAAAAGUUAAUUCUUUUUGUGAGAGUCAUAACACUGAGUUGAUCAUCAUGGAAGAAGAAUUUGUUGAUCCAAAGAAGCCAAGACGGAGAACCAACAUGACAAACUUGCAUCAUUAUCAGGUGGAAUGUCUUUACACUGUAUUGGAUAUGCAAAUUCAAGAGUUUAAUGAUCGUUUUGACGAGGUAAACACUGAAUUGCUUAGUUGCACUGCGUCUUUGAGCCCUUUUGGUUCCUUCCACGAGUUUGACCAGUCGAAACUUGUGAGGUUAUCUGAGUUUUAUCCGGAAGAUUUUUAG